UCAAUGGAGCGCAGCAACCGCAGUGUCUUCCAUUACAGCCGUUGAGGAGCGGUUGGUUUGCCUCUUGGACCAACUGACUGUUUAUUCCUCACUUUUCUUCCACACACGGUCAUUUAACAGCCCCGUGUGUGUAUAUAUAUGUGUGUGUGUGUACGUGCAGAGGCAUUAACCAGUUUGUCCACGGCAAUGCUAACUAGGAUUAAAAACUCAGGCCUGUAAAUUCCUGAAGUGCCAUUUUCAAUCAAAACAGCACGAAAACGCCGGUGUGCAUAAACUAUUGAACUGGUAUUACCUGUAAAACAAUACAGUUCUGACGGCGGGUGCGUUUUUAAGAAGUAUUUUAGACCCGAUGACCUUAAAAUCGAACCAGAUACCGAGUUAAGACUAAAGAACUCGUCGUUUUAGAUAUUAGGAUUACGCUUGUAUGUUCACACUAUGGCUGAGGGGAGAAAAACUACUACACUGUAUCAAACCAUCGUCGUGUGACCUCAGUUGUAGUCUGGUUAAUGGUUUUAAUGUGGCAGCUAAUCCAUUUUAUUCAACCGCGAGAUGACUGUUCGUACUCACUCAUCAUCGGGGGUCUUAAUCUGUAUUAUUUAGUAUUUAUUGGGUCGUUUGUGUUCCUAAUACUCAUGUUCAUCCAAAUCAGUCCUCCAUUAUGCAAUCCCUCCCACAUAGGGCGGUUAUGGUACCUCCGGUAUAAUAAAGCAACACAUUUUUAUGGGCAACUUUAAGUCAUAUUUUUGAUGAAAAUACAACCCAUCUGCACAUGCAAUCGCUGUAAUAUUGACUAAUGCGUGUGCCUGUUCUUGCUUACAGGCACAUAGUGGGAUAAGUCUUUAUUUCAGCCAACAAAGGCAGUCCUGAUACGAGGUGAAUUGAGUUCAGUGUUUGGCUGUAGAAGCGGCGGCGCAGCUUUGCUUUGCUGUGUGUUGGUCGCUAGAUGGCGAACGAAGUCCAGUUUUUGUUGGGAUUAACGGGGUCGUGUAUCGUGCUGCAGCCUGGAUUAUUGUGCAAUUCAAUAUCUAGUACAAACCAUGAGAUGGCAUUCAAAGGCAAAGCGGUCGACUCAAAGACCGUGCUUUUCAACCUGCUGCUGUGUCUGCUCAUAUUUUACUCUCUCUUCUACAUGAUUGGGAGUGUGUGCUUCGGUGCCUUCAGGUUGGAUAACUUUGACGGACUGAUUCCAUUUGACUUUAGGACCGAACCUACUGAAUCCAACUCAAAGUACUUAGUGAACCUCCUCUCCUUAGAGCUCACCUACUUCUGCAGUGGCCUUUUGUUUGCUGCAGUGGUGAGGAGGCGGGUUUGGGACUAUGCCCUCACUGUCACCCUUCUGCAUGUGAUGAUCACCAGCCUAGUGAUGUUGGAGUUUCCCAUGGUGUGGCAGUGGUGGCUAGCUUUGGGUAGUGGCUUGUUUUUGAUGAUCUGCAAUGGUCAGCUGAUAGCAUACUUCACCUGCCAGAGUGACCAGAGCUACGCCUCCUUCAGCAUCUACUGACAGACAGAAAGCUGCUCAUUGUAUAAACUGUUUCAUAACUAAUCUUGGGAGGUGAAGUGGAAAAGAUCAGGCCAGAUGCUCUCUUCCUAGAAACACCCAUAAGAUGUUGUUAAGUGAUGGGCUUGUUCUUUUUGGCAAAAAAAAAAAGCUCCUCCCAUCACACAUGAAGUCAGAGCUGGGACCAGUUUGUGUUUAAGUGUUGGCAACUGCUGAUCAUCCUAAUAUGUUCCUUUAAAGCUAAAAGGAAAUGUUUUUGUAUUUUGCCUCUGUCGCUAUGCAGGAAUGCAAGGCAGCCUGUUGAGUAUUUUCAGUACCACUGUAACUGUGAAUGUAAGGGCAGAAUGGGAAAGUUGCAAUAUAUGCCUGUUACAUAGUAUUUUUUUAUAUACAUAAAUGUUAUGCUCUAAAA